GCUUCCAGGUUGCCAAUAGUCUGGGCUACAAGUAUAGUGACGAGAGCCCGCAAGGAGGGCCGGAUAAGGGACGACUUCGCUGUGAAGACGAUCAUAGAUGAAUUAAAUAAGUUUAGAGGACAGGCGGGCUUACUGCUCAGCUACGACACUAUAAGUGUACCGCUUGUGUACACACAGGUAGUGACGAUAGCUGUCUACUCGUACUUCAUCACAUCCGCGCUGGGUGGUCAGUGGGUCGAAAACAAACUGAAUGCGCACACAGAGUCGGUCUACAUCAGUAAUAUAGAUCUCUAUUUUCCUGUCUUUACCACUCUGGAGUUCUUCUUCUACAUGGGAUGGCUCAAGGUAGCAGAGUCUCUGAUAAACCCUUUUGGCGAAGAUGACGACGAUUUUGAAGUUAAUUGGCUUAUUGACAGAAAUUUGCAGGUAUCAUACAUGAUAGUGGACGAGAUGCACCAUGAACAUCCAGAGCUGAUCAAGGAUCAAUACUGGGACGAAGUAUUCCCCUCGGAGUUGCCUUACACGAUCGCGACAGAGAACCAGCGUGAGGAGCACCCGGAGCCAUCUACCGCGAGGGUCGCCGUUCCUCCGCGACAGCGCAGCAUGGUGACUGUGAACCCCUCCUCCGUGAAGAUCGACGAAAUGGUCCCCUCUAACACCGUGAGUUACAAGUUCGCCCCGCCCGAGCAAUUACAAAUGAACGACGACGCACAAUCUGGAAUACAUUUCAUCGUGUCGAGGGGCAGUAAGCGCGGGAAGCGUGACGAGCGGAACUCUAUGGGCUCUAGUAACUCUAUGGCCUCGCUGCAGCCGAUGACGAGGAACAACUCAGUCACUUCUAUGUUGAAGAGGCUCUUCUCUAAAGAAGACCAGAGAGCGAAUAAUGUGCCGUCGCAAACUGAUGGCGGAUCAAGAUUCAUGGUGUCCGCUAGCAACCCGACGUUGAACAAGCCGGUGGCAGCCAUGACUGGGAGCAUGAAGAUAGCGAACGAUGUCAUUGAAGAGGUCGACGAACAGGCCACUAUCACCAGCAUGGGGAAACGACCGGAGACCAGACCGACGGCCAUGAGUCUGUUCGCACAGGGCCCUCCUACACCCAGUGAGCCGGUCAACGUGCCGACACGAAACACUAACCAUACAAAAGACGGUCGUUUAUCGUCAUCGGCCCCGGCGCAGUGGUCUCGCGUGGAGUCGACGGGGCCCCCCGAGAGCCCCGCCGUGUUGUCGCUGGGCCCGCGGGGCUCGUUCCCCGACGUGGGCAGCGAGCGGCCCCGCCUCGACAGCGACGUGGGGCCCUCGCUCAGCGCGGCCGGCAGCCAGAUCUUACUGGACGAGGCGGACGGACUCAAUGACGACGACGAGUUCAAUCGUCUCCGGAGCGCGCGCGACCAACACCGCCGGGACAAGUACCUGCAGAAGCUGAUGGCGAGAUCAGUCAGUGCACAGCAGCAAACUGGCAGCGCAGAGCUUCUUGAUAACGACCUGUUAUUGGAAGAGUUGAUGCAACUGCAAGCCAAAAUAACACAGGAAGAAAGUAACGGCGGCAAAGACAACAGAACCUGACGGGGUUCACAUUAUAUACGGGUUAAAGACUCUUGGCGACUCAGUAUUAAGGAUUGUGAUAAACUAUACUAUUUAUAAGUAGAACAAUGGAAUCAUGGUUCGUUGAGAAUAAAUGAUUUUACCAAGACACUAUUUUACAAAAUAGGUAUGACUUAUUUAUACAUGCUUGGAUUUCGACAAUUAUUGUUUAUACAAAACAAGUGUUAGUGAAUUAUAUAACUAAUGUAAUUACAUAAUUACGCUGCAAAUGUACUUAGAUAAGUAAAUAAAUAUAUUAUAUUUAUUUUAGCUACAAAGCCUAUUUGCGGAUUUUACAUAAAUUAUAAUACAUUUUUAUGACUGCAGAUUGUUAGAAGUAAUCAAGUGCCUAUUUAUUUGUAAAUAUUAGCAAAAUGGGAGAUGCCAUGUGCCUAUGGAUACCUAUAGAUCAGAUAACCUUUAAGUGUUAACUUUUGUGUUACUGUUUUUUUUUGUCAUGAAUAAACUAAUUAUUUUUUCGUCUUGUUUCAUAAUAAUUUUGCUUUUGUACAUUUAAAAUCAGUCAAGUAUAGUAGUGCAACACAUAGAAAUAUCUUGUUAGUAAAGAAAAAUUCAUUCAACCAUACAAUAGUAAAAGCUACUAUUUAACAUAAACAUAAUGACAAUGCAACAGCCCCGGCUAUUUAAUAAAUGAAUUUUAUUGUGAGUAAAA